AUGUCUGACAGACACAGUCAAGAAAAGAUCAGGUCUGGCACAGGCCCGGUCGCUAUACCUACGCCGUCUACGUCGGAUGAAAAGAAAACACCACACAACAACUUCCUCAAGCGCAUGUUCAAGUUCGCCUCCAAUGAUGACAAGGAGGAGAAAAAGACCCCAGGCGUGCCAAUACUACAGCUGUUCCGUUUUGCCGAUGCAAUCGACAGGACCUUAAUGGCUGUUGGUACGCUCGCUGGCGAGAUGAUUCGCUUUGCCAACCCCGGCAAGUUGGGGCUAACUCAAGAACUCAAAGAUGAACUGGACCACUCUGUGCGCAAGUACUGCUGGUAUUUCCUUGCACUGGGUUUGGGAACUUGGCUAGUUGCGUUCGUGCAGAAGCUGACAUGGGCAACAGCGGCUGAACGACAGGGCAAGCGCAUCCGCGAAGAAUUCUACAUCGCUAUCCUUCGCCAGGACAUUGGCUGGUUCGAUGGUCUUUCCACCGGCGAGCUCACCACGCGUAUUUCUGGCGAUGUCAACAUGCUGCAGGAGGGCACGGGAGAAAAAUUCAGCUUUGCCAUCCAGUAUUUCUCGUCGUUUAUUGCGGGAUUUAUUAUUGCUUUCAUCAAGGGCUGGAAGAUGACGCUGGUUGUGCUUGCUGUCAUGCCAAUCAUGGUUGGAGCUGUGUCGGUGAUGGGCAUCUUGCUUGCUGACAGCGCAUCGGGUGGCCAAGGUUCGUACGCCGAAGCAGGCGGUGUCGCCGACGAAGUCCUGUCGUCAAUCAAGACCGUCAUGGCAUUUGGUGGCGAACGCCGUGAGCUUGAGCGCUACGACAGCAAGAUUUCCAAGGCCCUAGCAAAAGGUCUACACAAGGCGAAGGUUCUCGGUGUGUCAAUGGGGGUUAUUCUGUUCACAAUCUACAGUGUCUAUGCGCUGGGAUUCUGGUUUGGUGGCAAGUUGGUGCGCGACCAUGAGAUGACUACAGACGGCGCACUUUCUGUAUUCUUCUCCAUUGGUUAUUGUUUGUCGUCCAUCUCGAGUGCGCGCGGUGCUGCAGCCAAAGUGUACCAAAUCAUCGACCGCAAGUCGCCUAUCGACCCUGUUGACACCGAGACUGGCAUGUCGGCUGACGGCAUCAAGGGUGAGAUCGAGCUCUCCAGCGUCAACUUCCGCUACCCGACCCGCCCUGACGUCCAGAUCCUGCACGACUUCAGCAUCAGCGUCAAGCCCGGCCAGAAGAUUGCGCUUGUCGGCGAAUCUGGCUGCGGCAAAUCGACCAUGAUCGGCCUGGUCGAGCGGUUCUACGACCCCGAGAGCGGCGUGGUCAAGAUUGACGGUGUUGAUGUGCGCGAGUACAACGUGCGCUCUCUGCGCCAGCAGAUCGGUGUCAUCAUGCAGAUGCCGGUGCUGUUCGGAUACACCAUCUACCAGAACAUCAUCUGGGGCGCUAUUGACGUCGACAACAACCCGCCGACGAUGGAGCAGGUCAUCCAGGCAUGCAAGGACGCCAACGCACACGACUUCAUCUCUGAGCUCCCUGAUGGCUACGACACGAUGUGCGGUGAGCGCGGUGCGCUGUUGUCCGGUGGGCAGAAGCAGCGUAUUGCUAUUGCCCGUGCGCUGGUGCGGAACCCCAAGAUUCUGCUGCUUGAUGAAGCCACGAUGCGCUGGACCGGGCAUCGGCAAACCGCACCACGAUUACCGUCGCCCACCGGCUCAGCACCGAUCAGGGACUCGGACGUGAUCUAUGUCAUCUCCAAGGGUCGUGUUCUGGAGUCCGGCAACCAUGAGGAGCUGAUCGGUCUCGACGGUGCGUAUGCCAAGCUUGUCGAGGCUCAGCAGCUGCGCCAGUCGAUCGAGAGAGGCGUCGAGGAGUAUUCCGCUGAUGGAUCUGGUAGCCACACGCAGGAGGACGACAGCACCGGAUGA